AUGGAGGUGAUCUACAGUCUACCGAGAAAAACAAAAUCAUCAUGUGGAGCGAAGUUUCAAAUUCCAACAAUUAAAGUUAGUAAGGUUCGACGUUCUUCAUCACUGCACAACGUCGGCGGAGAAGCAACGCUACAAAUUGACGAGACGAAACUUUCGGAAGUUUCCGCAUUGACUCCAUCGAGCAGCUAUUUUUCGGUGAAAUCCCCGAGUCCAUCGAGUUACGUCUACACAGCGAAUAUGGCCAGAUAUCGGUGCUGCUUUGGAGCUUGUCGUCUGAGAGUGGGAGCUUGUGUCAUUGCUGUCUCAUGUAUCAUAAUUUCAAUCUUAUCGUUGUGUUCAUUACUAUCGAUUUCGGGGCAAAUGGAAUCUGAAGAUCAGACCAUUCUUACUCCACCAAUUGUGUUGUCUCUAAUUCAAUUUGCUGCAUCCAUGAUAUUGAUUGUGGCAGUUCUAACGAGCUGUCACAUUCUCAUUUUGCCAUUCGUGGCUUCAUGUAUACUCAACCUUCUCGGCCUAAUUGUGCUAUGCGCUUGGGCAGUUGUUCGUCGUUCAAGCUUAAAUCCCACAAUCGUUCCAUUGGUGCUCAUUUUCUCAACUGGAGCCAGUCUAAUUUACAUGUGGUUCCUCACAAUCGUCUCAAUGGCGUUUGUUCUAAUACGGGACCGCAAGAUAAUGGGGUACGACGAUGAUUUUGACGUUGAGAAUCGCACAUUUGAGAGGGUGAGCAGCUCGAUUGUUUGA